GAGUGACGGCGCCCAUUUUGCCCGCCCGCUGAAGAGAGCUGUGCGCGGCCUACGCUCUUUGGGGACAGCCCUUCGAGGCGACGUCGUCGCGAACGCCGGCCUCUCGAGCCAGGGGAUCGCUCUGUUGAAAGUCGGUCCCAAAACAAUUUCUGGAUAUGCCACAAAAGGAUCCGUGCCAGAAACAAGCCUGUGAAAUACAGAAAUGUUUACAAGCCAACAAUUACAUGGAAUCAAAGUGUCAGGCUGCCAUUCAAGAACUGCGUAAGUGUUGUGCUCGAUAUCCCAAGGGAAGAUCUCCUGUCUGUUCAGGAUUUGAAAAAGAAGAGGAAGAAAAGCUUGCACUGAAGUCUGCCUCAAAGUAAAGUUCUGCUGAGAAGUUAAAUGCUGCUUUAUUUCCACCAAGAACAUUUUGCUUAUCCUGACUUCUUUCAGGCCAGGUAGCAGCAAAUAGCAAAUGAAAAAAUCCAACUACAACAGUUAAUAAAUAUGCCAUCUAUGCAGAAUAGACAGAAACAGGAAUAGGAAUGUAUUUAACAUAAAAAUAUGUAGAAUGUAAAAACUGAGCUGCUAAAAUAAA